AUGGGUUCUCAUUUAGGAUUGGCCACAUCUGACAAAGUAUCGAGGUUCGGCGGCCGAGCACAGAACCCCCAAACAUCGGACCAUUUCAAGUUGUUGGAAACGGAUGGUGAAUCGCUGCUUGUUGGAGCCAAAAAUGCUGUCUACAACCUCAGCCUCAACAACCUUGACGUGCAUCAUACAAUUGAUUGGGCUCCGCCAGCGACGGUGAUUGAGGAGUGUUUGAUGAAAGGGAAAGCCAAGCAAGAUUGCGAGAACUAUAUUCGUGUGUUAGCGAGACAAGCUAACGGGAAAAUGUUGAUUUGUGGCACGCACGCGUUCAAGCCAAUGUGCAGAGAGUAUGUGACGGGUGGAGGCGAUGGGAAACCGAGAAGUGUACGACAAUUUGAUGGACAGGCCAUUUCCCCAUAUGAUCCAAAUGACAACUCUACCGCUGUCUAUUUACCCGAAAAUGAUGAAAUUUAUUCAGGCACUGUCUCCGAUUUUGUCGGCUCCGAUCCGUUGAUUUACCGGAAAAGACUCUCCGAUAAAGAUGAAGGGAUUCGAACGCAACGUGACGACGUUCGAGUGCUUGAUUCUCCAAAUUUUGUCGCCUCAUUCGCCUACAAAGAGCACGUGUACUUUUGGUAUCGCGAGCGAGCCGCCGAAGCGAUGGAUAACAAUGAGGAGAGACAGGUCUACGCCAGGGUGGCCAGGGUUUGCCGAAAUGACAAGGGUGCCCCAAGGCCGGCUAACGAGAAAUGGACAUCAUUUGUGAAAGCUCGCCUCAAUUGUUCAUUGCCCUCCGGAUCGCCGUUCUAUUUCAAUGAAUUGAGAUCUGUUUCCGAGCCAAUCCCCUCAGCGGCUGAUCAUCUCAUCUAUGCCGUUUUUGCCACUCCCGAAACGCAUGUGCGCAUGUCAGCGAUUUGCAUUUUCUCGAUGAACAAGAUCAGAGACGAAUUUCUUUAUGGAACUUUUAAGCAUCAGAAAACGGUGAACUCUUUGUGGGCUCCGUACGCGAAAAGCGAGAUCCCGAAGCCGAGACCCGGCACAUGUGUGCCAGAUUCGACAAAACUGCCUGAAGCAACGAUCUCAUUCACAUUAAGAAAUCCACUACUGCACAAGUCAAUUUCCUCUCUUCGUGAACCACUGCUCGUCGAGGGGACUGAUAGAGCUGAUUUAACGCAAAUCGCCGUUUUGCCUGGAGUCACCUCAGUGGCCAACGAGCGUCACGAUGUGAUUUUUGUUGGAACAUCGGAUGGACGAGUGCUCAAGAUUGUCGACAAUGGCGGAAAAACGGCUUUAAUCGAAUCGGUUCGAGUUUUCCAACGUGGUCCACCAGUCGUUAAUCUCUUGACCGCAGCUCAGCAAGGACAUGUCGCUGUUGUGACACCGGAUGAGGUGGCGUUGAUUCCAUUGCACAACUGCGAGCUGCAAUCCUCGUGCUCUCAUUGUGUCAAUCUGCAAGAUCCACAUUGUGCCUGGGACUUGCAAACGGCUAGAUGUGUCCCUCGAGAUCAAUGGCGAAGUGAUGGAAGCUAUGUACAAAAUAUUUUCCUCGGCCGAAGCGAGCAGUGUCCCGAGGCGUUUCUCGCUGAUGAUUUCGAUGUUCAUGACGCCUCACCAGUGCACUACGCGUCAUCGGGGAGUGGUGGAAUGUACACGACGAAUCAUCUCGUGAUCGCGUGCAUCUCUUGUGUUGUUCUGGCUGGAGCCGUUGGAGUGCUGAUCGGUUACCGAAUCUCACGAGCGAGAGCUCUCGCCGACGCGCAUCACUCAUCGUCGAGCACAUCAGGAUCCGAUUAUGACUCAUUCGGGCGACAAACCGCUCGUUUAACUCGACAUGACAGUUUAACGACAACGAACAAAGUUGAGCAAAUAUAUGGAAUACCACCGCAAAAGCACUCCGUCGACGCGACCUCACUCGUCCUCUCGAUGCACCCAGCGAUGACGAUGAGUCAUUCAGGUGCCGCCUCAGGACUCACCACUCCAUCGCGAGAUCGAAAUGCCGUCCUCACAUCUCUCAACAAUUGCACUUUACCGAGAGACUAUAAAGUGAAAAAAGUCUAUUUG